AUGGCGAAUGCCCAUCGCGCCAACGUCCUGGUUACCUCCUGUUUGAAAACGCCGGUAGACCCACAUACCAAGGCUCCGUUGGCGUUGUAUGAAAGGCAGCGAGCCCUUCCAUGUUCGUCAGCAGCUGGUCGUAUUGACAAUCGAGACUACGAAAAAGAGCUGCAGUAUGACGACUCGGGGUCUGAGUGCGGUGAUGGGGAUGCCCCCGGGAAGGGCAGCCCCCUGAUUAUCAAAGACUACCGAGUGACGGGGGAUCACAUCGACCUGCGUGAGUUCUACUUCUCCAACGAGGAGUACUAUCGUAAGCUGGAGGAGCUGAAGAGGGCCCACCUCCGCACCAUGGCCGAGCUAGAGGGCAUGUACCGCAAGAAGCUGGAGCUCAAAGGCACACCACCCUCAGAAAAUAUACAGGGGCCACAGGCACACAGAUCGUUCUUGAAGAUCAGCCCCAUGCCCGUGAGGAGUCUGAGGAAGGCCCACUCUGCUCUGGAGCUGAGGAGGGGCUCUGGGCUGUCGGACACAUCUGACGAGGAAGGUACUGUCGACAACAAUGUGGAGAAGGGUCUGCAGUCCUCCCCCAAAGAGCAUAUCAAGAACAUGUGGCAGGACUUCAAGCUGUCGCCUCGCAAGUGCCACCCGUCCACAUCCUCCCACCAGAGCCUCAUUGGGGGCCACAAGAACGGCAUCAAGGGUAAGGACCGGAAGCAAGGGCGAAAAGAUGUCGAACACGAGCCUUGGAAACCCAGAGUGACCAUCCCCAAGCCGUUCCACAUGACGCUGCGGGAGAACCAGAAGCACCAGAAAGGUGUCAAGACACGGUCAGAGAUCGAGCUGGAGAACACGGCCCUACGGAAGCAGCUGGAGGAGCUGACAGAAUGCCAGCGCAAGUUCCGUGCCAGCUCCGUACCCGCCCACGUGCGCCUGCCCCUGUAUGAGGAGCUCCAAGAACGCGACGAGGCACGGCGGGCCAUGCGUGAGCGGGAGCAGCAGCAUCUGUGCUCCACCCAGCAGCCCUUCAGUUUCCUGGAGCGCGAACGUCUCAAGAGGGAGCAGAGAGAGGAGCAGCUCCGCAACCUCCAGCCAGACAGCAAGGAGAGAGUCCGACCAUUCAGGGCCAAGCCCGUGCCCAAGGCGGUGUACGAUGCGGCGUCGGGCGAGCAACUGAAGGAGGAGCAGCUGUACCGCGCCAUCAAGAUGCAGAUGAGGGCCCAGGAGCUGCUCCACAGCGCCUCCAUGCCACCCAGCAUGCUAGCACGCCACCUUAGCGAAAGGAAGUGGGCCAAGGAUGAAGCCAGGGGGGACACCGCUGGAUCUGAGGAUGACAACAGUGCCUCUUACAGGCCUAAGAUAAAUACAGAGGUGCCCGACUUCGACGCCAGCUACAGGAGGUUCAAGAAGCAGCUGGAGAGCCGGCGCGACGUGAAACCUUUGACGACGUGCGAGCCGUUCCAGCUCCAGACGUCACAGAUCCCCUCGCACCGCGAACGCAUCCUGGCCGACAUCGAGAAGGAGCAGAUGAGUCCGCGGGCCAAGCGCUGGCCUUACAUCAGCAUAACUGGGCACGUCCGUUCACACAACUCUAGCCUCUGCUCCUCCCUCUCAGGCAGUCUGGAACAGCUGCCUGCCAAAGUCACCGAUGCCAGCAAAAAACGGCAAGAGGCCGUGAGAAAGGUACUUGAGCAGAGAAAGAAGGCGGAGGAGGAGGAAGCGAGAUGGAGUGAGAGACAGAAGCAGAGAGAGAAGAAGCUUGCGAAGGUGGUUUCGAAGCGCGCCCAGGCCAACGACACCCACGUGCCCCUCUCUCAGACCAACCAGUCCAAGCUCAAGCAGUUCAGAAAGCAGGACUUUCAGCGCAGGAAGGAGUACAAGGAGGAGAUGAGGGAGAUCCAGGAGCGAGUUAAGGGGAGGCCUCUGCUGUUGGAGCAGGUCGCACAGAUGAAUGCCAAACACGCUGCAGAGAAGCACUACACAGACACCCUGCGAGGCUGUGGAGUGAGUGAGGACUUUGUCAGUGGCAAGGUGCCCCAGCGGCCAGGUGGCCAAGACUCUGCAUGCAGGACCUCCAUCUCCAGUGACUCCAAACAAAGUGAAAAGGAUGAGACCGAUACACCAGCUAUUUACAACAUGGUCUUCCAGGAUGACUACCCAGACAAUUAUGAAGACAGCUUUGCUGACCAAGAACUGGAAGGAGAGCAGGAGCCUGAGAAAGAUGAAUUAAAGUCCGAGGAAAAUGAAGGCCAUGACGAAGUAGGGCGGGAGAGGGAGGACAUUGGGCGUUAUUCAGAUGAUUGCGAUUACUCAGAUGCCCAUUACUCAGAUGAUGAUGACCAUUACUCAGAUGCCAGUGAGCAUUACUUGCCCCUGGACGAUGAAAAGAAUGAAGGGAGUGACAUCAUCAAAAGGCCCAAGAGUACAGAGAGCAGCCCAAGCUAUAGAAGCGGCCAGCACAGCCGAAACAGUCAGAAGUCAGAGAGUGAUAGGGAAAACACAGCAAUAGCAGACAAGAAAAAUUAUGAGGAUGAUUGA